AUGGGAAGAACACGCAGCAAAAAGACCAAAACCGUGAACGAGAUCAAUCCACAAGCGUUGGAAGAUGAAAACAGCUUUGUCCACAUCCCUCUUGACUUAGUGAUCGAGAUCGUUGGGAGAUUGCCUUCGAAAUCAGUAGCGAGGUUUCUCCUAGUAUCCAAGUCAUGGGAAACGUUCAUCCGAAGUCGAGAUUUCAUCACAUCUUUUCCGUUGGGGUCUUCGUCGCAGCCGCGUCUCUUAAUCACUUUCAGUGAUUUUGAUUACAGAGUAAGAAGUGAUUUUGAUUACAGAGUAAGACGCCAAACUUUGGACUUCUUCUCCUCGUCUUCUUCUUCAGCAACGUCAUUGAUAUCACGUUUUACACGUACAUCUCCUGAUCUCAAAGAGUACCUUCCGCACUUUGUUAAUGGCUUAAUAAGCAUUGGAUUUGGAGAAGAACAAAUCAUAUAUAAUCCCUCUACUGGUAGGUCCAUAUCUCUACCUAACCUCGUAACAACGAGAACGAUGAUCAGAACUUAUUUCGGGUAUGAUCCGGUUAAUGAUCAAUACAAAGUGUUGUGCUUGACACGAAGCCUUGUUUAUAAAGUAUUCACACUCGGAGAAAGAGAAUCAUGGAGAGAGAUGGAUUGUAGCAUUCCUCACCUUCCUUGGUCUUAUAACGGUUUGUGCAUAGAUGGUGUUUUGUAUUAUCUUGCUUUCACGGAGGAAGAAAUGUUGCAACAGCGGUUAAUGAGAUUUGAUGUGAGGUCUGAAAAGUUGGAACUCUUAACUGAUUUACCCGCAGAUCUUAUGUCUCCAUAUCCGUAUACUUUGAUAAAGUACGAUGGGAAAGUAGCCAUAGCGACAAAAGCUUUAACAUACACAUUUGAUGUGUGGGUUAUGGAGGAACAUGGAUGGUUGAAGACAAGUUUCAGUAUCGAACCUUAUUGUACGAGUUUACAAAUAGAAUCUAUACACGUAAAAGGCACUACUCGUAUGGGUGAGUUUAUUUUGGCACCCUUCCGUGCUAGAAAUGCGUUUUACGUUGUCUUUUACAAUCCCAAAAGAAAUAGUUGUAGAAACAUUAAGAUUGAAGUAAACUCAGACUAUGAGUUUGGAGCGCAAUAUCCAAAGCUAAUAGUUCUUUCGGAUUAUGUUGAGAAUAUUAGGUUUUUUUAG